AUGGAUGUGAACCUGUCCUUAGUAUCAUGUGUAGAUCGUACAACCAUCAUAUAUGUGGAGCAUUUCUUUCUUCCCUUCCAAACAGGGGAAGAGGCCCUAGAUUCCCUUAAAAGGGGGGUUGCUAAGGAUGAGGAGCUUGAUUUGAUAGUAGCGGAAGUUCAUCCUGGCAAUACAGAGGUGGGCACCUUGCGGCUGUUUCACCACAUCCUGAGUGAACUUGAAGUGCCUCUCAUCACUAUGUGUGCCUAUGAUGAGGCAGUCUCUGCACGCAUGACCCUUGGAACAUGCUUCAAUGUGGUUAAGCCGUUGGAUACUGAAACCGUCAAUUUUCUGAGGAUGAGAGCGCUGCAACACAGGUCUAUCAAAAAUCACAGGUCUGUGACUGAGGAUGAAGAACAAGAUGCGUUAAACGCGAAUGUCUAUCCAUAUAAUCUGGGUCGGUUCAUAUGGAGCAGUGAACUCCAUGAAAAGUUCUUGCAGGCUGUUGAAGUGCUUGGGGCGUCUGCUAUGGCUAGAAAAAUUCACCAGUACAUGAAUGCAAAGGAUUUGAAUUUGACCAUACAGCACGUCGCAAGCCAUCUCCAGAAACACCGGCUGCGAGUGCAGAGGCAGAGGUUAUCACACGAUGAAGAGGGCUCUCAACAUUAUGCCAGCAUGAAGGAAUUAUCUGAGAUGAUUUCAUCGGCGUACAAGGCAGCCAGUACUAAACCCAAUAAUCAUCCGGCAACAACCCAGACGCAGUUCACACAUGGGGUUGCCUCUGCUAUCUGGGACAAGUACCCUGGGAUGGUGUGGCCACAUGUGGAGGGAAGUUCAGCUGCCUCUGCUAUGUGGUACAAUUACCCCGGAAAGCCGUGGAGACAAGUGGGGAAGAGUUCGGCCGGUGCACGAGUUUCUCAGACUAAUGCACGCCCACCUCCAGUUCUGAUACAUGGUACCAAGUCCAUCUGGGAUAGGUACGAGGAGAGCCUGCAGUACUAUAAUGAGAGCCUGUCACACAAACGCGAGGUGUUGCCUGUAAAGAGCAAAGCGCUUGCUGGAUAUGGACGCAAGAUUUUCAUCAACCUGGAGAGAGAGGAGACCAGUCGUACUGAAGCAUCAGGCAAGAUUGUCAUCAACCUGGAGAGCCAUGACACGCAGAAAGACACCACGGACGACGUGCACGCCGCUGUUACACCGCAGGAAGACGCAAUGGACGAGGUGCACGCCGCAGUUACUCUGCAGAAGGACACCAUGAACGAGGUGCAUGCUGCAGUUACUCUGCAGGAAGACAACUACCAACCCGCUGCAGAGAAUGUGCAGUCUGAGCCUUUCAGUGAUUGGGAAGAGGUGGAGAAAUUCUGGAUGAACCAGAUGGGAGGACAGGGGCAAGAGGAGCAACAAGGUCUUGAACCAGUGGAUCUGCUCCAGAUAGAUGGCAUUGACCCAAAGGAAUUGCUCCAGGAAGAUGAAGCCUGGAACCAAGCGCUUCAGCCGGCAAACCCGGCCAACGUCGUCAACAAUGCACCCAUGCCUGAAUAA